GAUGGCAAAUGUCGAUGUACGAAUCCUUGAACAAUUUUAAGGGUGUUGACUGCUUGUCCAAUCAUUGUAGAGUUUUACUAGAAAUCGUAUCUCGUUUAUCUAGUAUCUUAUAAGCGGUAAGUAACUAAAGAAGAACAAAUAACAAAGUACCUGUUGUACACAAAAGAUAGCGGAAUGUAGUAGAAUGUACGUUCACCGCGAAUAUAAACGACAUGAUGGGUACCAAAACAUCCUGUGAUUAUAUUUCUAAUUCCAAUGAUGCAGGUAUCAUGGGAAGAAAUAGUCCAGCUGCUUUGUUGGAUAUGCUGGCAGAAGUUGCAUCUCGUACUUUAUAUUCAGAAAAAAAGGAGAUGAAAUCAUUAUUAACCUCACAAUGUAAAACUAAAUCUGAUGUUAUAAAACGUAAAACUCAAGAAAUGUGUUUAAAUGUACCUCAACUUUUAUCUAUGCCAAUGUCCCAGUUGGUGAAACAAUUUUCUGUCUUAACUAGCGAUGAGCUUAAAAGACAGUUUUCAUAUACCUGUACACUUGUAGAUGGGUGUAAUCAAAAAUAUACAAGUUUUGCCAGUGAAGGAAAAGCUAGGAAAUCUAUAAAAGCGCAUUUGGCUGAGCAUUUAGAAUAUUUAAGGACUAAUGAACAAGCCUAUUAUACUUUUACCACAAAACCUAUAAAAUAUAAAAACUUAAAAUCAAAUUUGCAAAGUAAAAAUGCACGUUUACAACAAUCGAGGAAACCUCGAAGAACUUUAAAUAAAGAAAACAAAGAUGUAAUGAUAGAACAAUCUUCAGAUUAUUUGCAUAAAAUUUUGUCGAAUGAUACAAAUUUUCAGAAAUUUGAAAAAGAGAAAGCUACAGAAAAAACAGAAGGUUUUAAUAGCUCAGAAACAAAGAAGACUGAGCAUAUAGAUGUUAAAGUUCUUGGUGAUCAUAGUUAUUUUGAACAUUUAAGAGAAGAAGCUUCAAAUCAAACAGAAAUAACAUCAUCUGAUAAUAUACUAAAUAAUUCAUCAAGGGAAGAGAAUAUUGUAUUAAUGGUGGUUGGUGCUGACAGCAUACGUAUGAAGGAGUAUUCCCAUAUUAAAGGCAAAAUAUCUGAUAAUUUAAAGCAUCAAGACACAGGAACAUUAUACAUAUCAGAUGUACCUUGGAUAGAAGAAAAUUGCAAUAAGAAAAUGGACAUGCCAACAAUUGCCAAACCUAAGGGAAAAGCGAAAUUUAUAGGAACCAGUAAAGAAGAACGAGAAUUAGCAUUAGCUUUUAUGGACCGUAUAAAAAAAAAAGGAAAUCCAACAGGCAGUAAUCUUCAGUGCCACAUUUGUGAUCCCCCACGUAGUUUCACAGCACCUACUACACUAGUAUCUCAUUAUCGAAGUCAUGCAGGAAUAAAACCAUAUGAAUGUCGGAUAUGUAGGGCAGUUUUUACAAGAAGACAUAGUUUGAAGUAUCACAUGUUGAUUCAUCAAAAUCAAACAAGAUUCACAUGUGCUGAUUGUGGAAAAAAAUUCAGACAUCCAUCACAUUUUAGAGAACAUCGACGCAGACAUACUGGAGAAGCUCCUUUCGGUUGUGAUGAUUGUGGUCAAAGAUUCAAAACAAGGAACACUUAUAAACGUCACUUAAAAACACGUCAUGGAAAAGUUCUUACUACUACUGGUGAACUUUUGUUCCUUUCUGAAGAAGACUUUCAAAAAGUACGGACUAAUAGAAAGAAAAAAAUAGACUACCAUGAUAUAAAAAGCAUAGCUAUAGAUGAAAAUAUAAUAGCUACCAGAACAAUUAUGAAUUUUCAAAAUAAUAUUGAACCACAAGAAAUAAAUAAUGAUGUUUUAGAAGAAUAUAUCAUUAAUAAGGAUUGUGAUGACAAAGCUACUGAUACAAUACAAGUUAUAGAUAAAUAUUUUGAAAAUUAUGAUAUUUGUUCAAUACCAUUUCUAAACAAGACUGAACAUCUAGAGGAAAGUGUAUCUUUAGAUAAUAACGACGAUAAUAAUAUUACAGAAUCAGAUCAAAAAGAAGAUAUAGAUAGAAUGCAAAGUGACUUCCAAAAGAAUUCUUAUAAUAAUCUAACAGUAAUAAAAACUAUGGAAAAUCAAACUUUAUUAAAUAAAUCUGUAAGAAAUGAACAUAAAGUUAUAUGUGAAUAUUUAAAUAAAGAAUCAUACAUAGAAUCAUAUUAUAAUAAUGAACAUCUUCAAGCAAACAAAGAAACAGAUAAUCAAGAAGGUAUUGAUUUGCUUCAACAUCAAAUAAAUAAUCAUCUCCAAUUAGUAGAAAAUCAUAAUACAGAUUAUAAAAAUACAUCAAACAGUGAAGGACAAAAUGUUGAAUUUGUAUUACAUUUAACGAAGAAAAUGGAACCAGGAACCAUAGAUAAAGGUACUAAUUGCAAUAUAAAUGCAGACGAAGAAAAUGAAUUUCAAAAUUCAUAUAAUGAAAUACAGUCUCAAAAAAAUGAAAGCAAUGUGGAUACAUAUAUCCAUGAAGAAAAUUCUAUAAGAAAGGAUAAUUUACAAUUACAUAUGGCAGAUGAAUUAAUUGAAAAUUCCACAUCUCAACAUGAAAAUGUUCAAAAUAAUUUAGAAAAUCAUAUUUUAGUAAGAAAUACAAAUAUCAAGAGUUACAAGCAUAAUAUAUUAAAUUUAAUGAACAAUGAGACAUCUGCUGCUAUAAAGAAUAUAAACACGAAUCAAAUAGAUCAAAGUAAACAACAAAUAUAUAUUGAUACAGAUAUGCUAAAUAAUAUAGUUAUGCAAAACAAGUGUAUACAAACUUUGCCAUGUAAUUUCACUUUAUGCUAUCAACAAAAUCAACACAAAUUGCAAGUAAAUGAAUCUACAAAAGUUACUGUGCUUAAUAAGUGUACACAAGGAAUUAACUUGAUACAAAAUGGAAAGCAAAGCGCUAUUUUGUUAUUAUCAAAUAAUGCUUCAAAAAAUGGUAUAUUGCAAAUUAAAUAAAAUGAUAUUAUUAAUGUAAAAGAAUAAUACUAACAAAGAUAAAUAACACCAAAUAUCUGCAGGAAAGUAGCAAUAUUGGUAAUUUUACAAGUUUGCACAAUUUUAUAUUUGUGCAUUUAAUAAUAAACAUUAAAAGAUAAAAUAAAUUUUACAGAUCUAAUUUUUAAAUUAAAUCUAAUUUAAGAAUUAGAUUUGAUACAUCUUUUUUUUUUAAAUCUAUACUCUUUCUAUAAAUGGUAUGUAAGCCAUUAUGUUAUAUAUGUCUGAUUAUUUUCAUAUAAGAUCACAAAUAAUAAUUUCGGAAAAUUAGUUAUUAAUAAUGUUUUGAUCUUUCAUACUAGAAGAAUUUUGCUGGUGUAGCUUAAAAUAUUUUGUGUAUAUGGUGUACAUAAGAUUACACACAAGAAGAGGAUAUAGGUUUGAAAUUUUUUCUAACCAUAAAAUUUAAAUACGUAUGUAAGUCUUAACAAUAUAAAUAAUGUUUUCUAUAUCUAGAAUAAUAUUUUAAAACAUUAAAGUGUUGCCUAAUUUUUAUUAGUAGUAAUAAUACUGUUCCUCUUAUUCUAUAAGUGAUAUGAAAAAAAUAAUGGCAUAAUAUGGAAAACUUUCGUGCUUCAUUCUAUACUUAUUCUCAUAUAUAUUUCAUUCGUUUACUUCAUGUUUAUUAUAACAAAGCAUACAAAUUUAUGACAAAAAAUCAUGAAAGUACUAUUGUAUAUCUGUUUCGAGCAUUAUUAGUUUAGUAAAAGAUCUGAAAUUAUAUAAUUGUAACUAAUAUCUAUUUUUAUAAUAUUAUCUGUAUAAAAAUAAGACCAAUAUAAUCUUUAUAUAAUUAGUAGGAAUAUUAUAAGUAAUUUAAACUGUAGAAAUGUGAAGUAAUUUGAGCUCACUAAGAAUCAGAAUAUAUUUUAUAUUUUGCUUUGAGAUAACUACUUAAUGUAACCAUUAAAUACAAUUUAUUUAAUAUGGCUUUUAAUUUAAAAAAGUUUACUUGAGAUAUUCUGUGCAAUGAAAUAUAAUGACACAUUAAAUAUUCUAUACCUUUGAUAUUAUAUAGUUAUUUAAUAACAUUAAUGUAGUAAUUUGUCUUUCAUAAAAAAUUUCCAAUAUAUGUAAAAUCUACUUAUUAAUAGUCUUUAUCAUAUGCAAAUCUAAUUGUUUGUAAGUUGAGUAACAUAAUAUAUAAAAAAUACUCAAUAAAUUUUUCUAAUUUUUUGUUAUAGUAAAAACUUUUUCUAGAUACAUAUUCUCUAUAAAAGACUUAUGAAAUGUAUUAUAAGAUUUGAGAAUGUUGAUUAAUUAUAUCUCUAUAUUAUAGAAUUUGUAAUUUAAAAACCAAUGUGCCAAAUUUUCCACAUCUCUCUUUUUAAAACAUCUUUGGCCCCAUAAUUAUAGAGUCUAUUUAACAUUAUCAAAGUUUUUUAUAUAAACAUUCCUGUAAUAUAACAUAUGUUAUUCAAACAUUAGUUAUUAUGUUACAAGCACUGCUACAAUAAUAACAAUUGUUUGUGUUCUAUUUUUUAUAUAUUUUUAUAUAACAUUUAAAACACACAUAUAUAAUUAAUAUGUUCAUCAUGUUAGUAAAUUUCAAUAACAUUGGAUAUUUAUAUAUAUUAGUUUAUAAUUGUUUAAUAUGUAGAAAUUGUUAUCAAUUACUAGUUAACAUUCAUAUAAUUACUUCUUAUUAUACACAUAUGAAAAAUUAUAAAUCCAUUAUUAAUAUUGUGUGCAUAUAUAUAUAUAUGUAAUGCACUACCAACAGAAAAAUGGUUUUUUGUAGUUGUGUGAAAUAAUACGAUACGAACUUUUAUAUAUUACAACAGUAUAUUUUUCAACUUAUAUUAUUCUAACCUUUAUACAUAUGUUUUAUUAAUUCUUAUAUAUUUGUGUUAUACUGAAUUUAAUCUCACAGCAUUAUUACAGAAAUAUAGAAUAUUGAAUAUUUUUAAUAAUUUAUGGUCUUACUUUCAUUAUUCCUUAAAGCAAUAGUAAUAAUUUAAUUGACAUAACAAAACAUUAAAUAUAAAUUAAUUAUUACAUUAAAUAUAAAUAAUAUUUGCUGUUUUUAUGGACACAGUGAAUUUGUAUGUAUUUGUAUGAUUGUUCAAUAACAUAAUAAACAAUUAACAGGAAAUCGUCUAUAUAAAAUACAAAUAGAUAUGUGCCUUAUGUUUUACAUGCUUCAGGAAAGCAGAAAUAGAAGAAAUAUAUAAUAGAAUGAAAACAAGAAGAAGCAAUAUAAAUUACUAAUUACAGUAAUAAUAAUAAAACAAUAAUAUGUCAAUUUUUAUUCAUAUUUAUUAUGAUUAAUAAUUAAAUUACAAAAACAUGUUAAAACAUUGAAUUAUAAUAAUAAUUAUAUAUUAUAUUUUUGUACUUCUUUUAUAUUUAUCUUCAAUAAACUCUUAAAAACAAUUACAUACGUACUUAGGUUUGAAAAUUAUCUAUAUUACUUUUAGUAUGUAUUGUUUAUUUAUUCUCAUCUAAAAAUAUAUUGUACAUGUAUUUAUUCCUUGAUACAUAUUAUUGAUAAAGUAAGGCAUCAUUACAUUCCUCUUAAUUUCAUGUCUAUUGAAACAUGACAACAACAAUAAAGGAAAAAGAGUAAAAGCAGUAUAGUACUCCAUGAAUCUACAUAAAAUAUUUUAACUAUUACCUUUUUGAACAUAUUGGUAAUUAUAUGUAUGAAAUAUAAAUUAUAUAAUACUUACCUUUUAAUAUUCGAUUUAUAUAUAUGUUUCCAAUUUCUUGUCCAGCAAAGAAAAAAAAAUUUGAUAUUGCAGACAUUGCCAAAAGAAUACUUGAUAAUGCACAGUUAAAUCGUCUUCUAUUCCAAGAACUAAGAUAUUUUGUUUGAAAUUGAUUAUAUCUUUUGGUAUUUCCAAUUAUUCUUGAUAAGUUCUCAAUAUUUAGACCAAUAAAAUUCAAAAGUGCCCAUGUAAAAAUAUUUGUUUGCAUUCCAUGCCAUAAAAAGACAAAUGUAAAACAUAAAAAAGAACCAAACAACUUUCUAUAAUAGUUCUUUGAUUUCACAACAGGUAUGUAAAUAUACCUACAAAUAAUAAUUCAAAUUAAAGUAAUAUUCUUAUAACUAGAUUUUUAUUGUAAUAAAUGCAUGAUAAAGAACGUAAAAUUAAAAUAUUACCUAAUAAGAAAUUUAUAUAAGCCCCUAUCAAAGUAUUUCCACAUAUCUGAAUAUAAAUGAAUUCUGCCAAUACAUUUAGGUGGCAAAGGAGCUUUUAUGUCAUCUGCUUCACAUAAAGUUUUGUUAGUUCCAUAAACAAUAACAUAUUUAUUCAGAAAAAAUUGUCCCAUACAAUAUCCUAAACCAUAUAGAGCCCAUGAAUUUAAAUUUUGUACAAUCUGUACAAACAAGAAAAUAAAAUUUAUACUGUUAGAGAAUAUAAUUAAUAGCAAAAAAAAAUUCAUACCUGUGGAUGAUAUUGAAGCACAUUAACAUAAAUGAAGUGCAGUGAAAAUUCAGUAAAAUAUAACCAGAAAGUAUAUCUAAUUAGAUUAAUAAUUAUUGUCUGCAUUUUCAUGAAACUCCAUCUCGAUGGUGAUUUAUUCAACUGAAAACAUUUAUAUGUAAAAAUUUCUGUCCUUAAUGCUUUAUAAGUAUUAACUAAUGGAAUAUACAUACUGAAUUAAAAAAUUCGUGAUAUAAGAUUAAUGGACCCAAAAAUAGUGUGGGUAAAUAUAAACAAUAUGCCAAUGUUUGAAGAUAAUCAUUGAAAAAAUAUGUGUAAUCUCUAUCAUACUGAAUUUUAAAAUUAUCCAUAUUUUGACUGAUAGAUCUCAAUUGAAUCCAGCACAUUGCAAGCAUUAAAAGGUAAUGCUCAUUAUCAUUGUAUUGUAACCAUUGAUAAAAUAUACCAUCUGGCAUUUUAAAAAUAUGUAUUAUAAAUAGGAAUAAUACAUGUAUUAGCCAAAUAAUCUUCUUGUUAUUAAUGUAAUUUAAUAAAUAUAGUACAGAUGAUUGUGCCAAUAUACAGAACAUGCCCACUGUUCCAAUAUAAUAGCACAAAAAAGAGAUAGAUACCAAGGUAUACCAGCAGCAUAAUAACUUAAAAAUUUAUAUGAAUAAAUAAUACAUACAAAAUAUAAAUAUAUCAAUAAAUAAUAAUACAUGCAGAAUUAUAUAUUAGUGACUUAUAAAUAUAUAUCAUACCACUUUGUUGAAUACAUUUUUAACGAUUUGACUAACUAAAUGAUGUAUAAAUAUCCAAGGCAUUAAAGUAAUCAUUAAGGGAAUCCAUGUUCUCCACUCUUGAUCAGAAACAUCUUGUUUUUUCCCAAUCCAUGACCAUCCAGGUACAAAAUCAAAAUAUAAAUCAUAAUAAUCCACAAAAUCUAAUAAUAAAAGAAUUAUUUAAUAUGCUUAUUUCUUCAAUUUUUGUUGUCUAUACUGUACUUACAGAUAUUCGUUAAAUAAACGUUAUAAAUUGAAUAAGCAACUCCACCCGUCCACAUAAGAAAAUAAAAAACCCUUUCGUAUUUAUUUGAAAAACAAAUAUCAUUACUCAUUGUUGAUUUAAAUUUACCGCCUAAAAUUGUGGAUAAUAGAACGAAUGGGCCUCGUUACUAUAAACUAUAUGUUAAUGUUCAUUCUCACAAAUAAAAUUUAGUUAUUAAUAAUUAUUUAUAGUCAUAGUUAUUAAUAAAAAUCUGCAAUAUAUAAA